AUGUACGCCGUCUUGCACCUGAACCUCCUGAAGGUCAGAGAGCCCCUUUUUAUCUCCAGCAACCAGGGGAGGGGGCGUAUCCUUUCUCCCCCCCUUUUUUUCUUCUCUCUCCCCUUCGGCAUCGCGCUCGCUGACACUUUGUCGCUCCCCAAAGAACGCACGGGAGCGCCAGGGCGAGGAAGAGGAGCCAAGAGGAGGGGAAGAGGAGAGGAAGAGGGGGUGUUAUACAGCUUAUUCCCGAAGAAGUCCCACACACACACACACACCAAAAAACACAAGGCUGUUUUGGGGGAAAAAGGAGGGAAGCAAAUCGCGUCUGAGAUGGCUGAGGUGUCCCAAGAGGAGCGACUCCAGGCCAUCGCUGAGAAACGGAAGAGACAGACAGAGAUUGAAAACAAGAGGAGGCAGCUCGACGAUGACCGGCGGCAACUGCAACAUCUCAAGUCCAAAGCCCUGAGGGAGCGCUGGUUGUUAGAUGGAGCGCCUGAAGAGGACGAGACCAAGAGACGUCUGCAGGAGGACGAAGUGAAGACCAAACUGCUGGAGCAAGUCAUCCUCAGGCUGGAGCAGGAGAUCGAGGAGCUGGAGACAGGCGUGUCAGAGAGGGGCGGGGCCAAAGAGAAUGGAGGUGAGAACGGAGUGGUGCAGAACUCGGGCCAGACUCCCAAGCGAGAGGUCACCGGGGUGGAGGCCAAGCUGCUGGGGCCCAGUCCAGACCAGGCCAGCGCAGACAACCCGGUCACGCUGGUCUUCAUGGGAUACAAGACAGUGGAGGAGGAGCAGGAGUCGCGCGCCGCCAUGGAAGGAGUGGACGGCAACGUGAAGGCCGAGUUUGUGGUGAUCGAAGACGGGGAAGGGAAGGGCGGCGAGGGGGCCACCGACGAGCAGGCCCCUCCUAACGGUAGCAUGGCGGAUAAGGAGAAAGCAGAGGAGGAGAAGAAGGAAAAGAAACAGAGCUGCAAGUGCUGCACGGUCAUGUGA